GGUCUUCUAUUGUUGUGUCAAUAAGGGGCUCUCCUCAUUAAUGAGAGUAAUGCUGCUGCUGCGAACAAAUACACAGUCGCAGGCAGAGUGAAAGGACGCGUUUUGUGCAGUGCUCCUGUGACAAAGCAGUACACACACGGCUAAUUUGUAUCUUGUGUACUUGAAGACAUUAGGGUGACCAAGACUUACGGAGUAGAUGGACACGUGAAUCACCAAGUCGUGUCUUUUCCAUCCGUAGUAGUCUUGUUAACCAAGGAUUAUAUCAGUAUAGUUAUUAGAACAGGUAGAUUUAUUGAAGACGCGGCAGCAUUAACUUACCUGUGCUGACCGCUCGGAUAUUAGAACGUAUUUAAAUGACAGAAGCGGACGCGAGGAAAAAAGGACGCUAAUAAGUACAUGAAAUUGGGACUUGGGUUAAAGGACAGCCAUAUGAAAAGUGGUGGUAUUUACGACGACAGCGGCGUCGAGCGCGAAGACGAAGGCGGACGCCAACUGAAUGGCCCAUUCGGGCAAUAAAAUGGACAGUUUGCUCGGACAGCUGAGGCAAUCCGUGUGUGAACUCCGUAACCAAGGUGACGAUUUGACCAAUCAGGUGUGGCUCCUGUACGUGACGUUUGAGGACUUCAUGCACAUUCAGCACCCUGAGAAAUCCCAAGACCUGAUGGACUACCGGGCGCAGAUGGACCUGUGGCUCAGGAACAGGCCAAACAAAAACGUUGCAAAGAAAAAGCGCUUCCACUUGAAACGCACACUGAUCAACGCGUCUGCAAUGAUAAACGUUCAACAUCUGACCAAAUACACCGCGAUCGGUCUGGAAGAAAAGAAACUGCUAGAGGGAUCAAGUCUCCAGAAAGAUGUCGGCAGAAGCCGUCUAAAUCGCGAGAAUUAAACAAACAUUGUGUGGACAAUAGUGAGAAUACCAUAGAUAACAAUGUUCGUAAAUUUAAGCGAAACGGAGACACAGGAAGUGGGCAUGUUAAUCGUAAGAGAGAACUAAAACACGUGCUGCAGUCGUCACCAGUGACGACAUCUAGCGGUUAUGACAGCGACAAAAAUAUGUCUCCGCCGAACGUGCCCUCAGGUGACAACACGGAUGACGUCACUGGGGGCGUUGGGGAGCCUGAAUUCUACGAUCUCGAGAACGAGGACAGUUAUCUCACGGCGUUCGAUAAAACAGAGCAGCGUAGACGACAUAAAUAUGAAAAAAGACAUCGACGUCAUCAUCAGAAACGGGUGACAUCAUCCAAACCACAGAUGGUGCCAUUUGGUGCACGUUUGAUGGACAAAAGUUCGGUGUUGAACCAAGUGCAAGAACACAAUUACAAGCUGUCGACUGUCACGCAUUCUAUGCACCAAAUUAUCCGAGAUCUGCGACCAGAACAUACCUCGCACGCAAGGGAGAACGCGAAAACCCCACAAUCAAAGACGCCAAGACACGAAAUGAGUUCAAAACAGAAUGUGGACUGCGUUGACGCCUGCAAAAGCAUGACUAACUCAGCACGACAGAGGCAGCGUCAAACAGCGGGAGUCCCCACCGACGAACACGCGUUUGUUGAUGACAGCGCAAUGAGAACACGCAAGGAGAAGGAAUUAGAAAGGAGACCGUACAUCAGUCUUGUCACCAGAGCGCCGUUAUCAUCAGUUAACAAUGGAGUGACAAAGCAACCGUGUGACAAGCAAAUAUUCCGUACGAGGGUACAAAAUGACGUUAAUGUGUCACAGACAAAGAAGCACGCGACGAUGCACGCUUCCCUACCCUCGUCGCGACACGAACUCCUUGUCGACGGGCGCCGCGAUAAUGGGGAAUACCUUGAGCCCGUGUCAAGUAAGGAUCGCACCGGCGUUUCACCGUCUCAUGCCCAAAGGGCAAAUGGACUUAGCACAGCCCACCGACCGCUUCCUGCAAGGCAAGGACUGCGCCGCUUUGCUUCGGAAACCCACCUAAAUGCGUCCCAGCACGCGAGAGGUGAGGAUACCCCAUGGGGGUGUUCUUUACGGGACAUUCAACAUAAUACUAACGAGGCAUCCAUGGUGUCUUUGCAGUCUGUAGAUUCUACAAAAUCGACGCUUACGUAUUACGGAAGCAUGAUGAAUCUCAGCAGCUACGAAAAUCUUCAUAGAAAGUCGUCUAGUGGUAUGAUCAUUACGGAUGACGGGUUAGGGAUCGAGAGGAGCAAAACUCCCUAUGGCCAGAAAACUGACUGCUCUUUGAACUCAAAUGAAGGUGGCCAAAGCACCUUCAGUUCAGAUUCAGGGUUUCAUCAGGAAUAUGAUCUGGGCGAAUAUCUCGCGGAAGAACCCAUUUACGAGACUAUCCGUGAUGAUGAUGUCAUCAGUUACGACGGUGGCCACAUGACUGUGAAACCUACUCCUCCAAAGCUUCCUAGUCGAAAUGGAAUUUUAAAACGAGCUGUGUCAGAACUUUCAUUAAUAGAUCAUAACGCAGCCAUGCCAUGCAAGGACGGCAACUUUAUCAGGUUUAGCAACGACGAAAAAAGCAGAAGCAGACUUUCUCUGAGAAAACUGAAACAUAGUUUCAGAACAAGUCGCGUUAUGGGGCGGCUUUUCAAGAAUGGAGCCAAAGAGCAAACCACAAACAAUGUGUCUAAUGCACAUGCGUCAAUUCCGAACUCUCAGAAAGGUGCGGGUACGAGUACACGCAAUCCAGGCAUCCCGCAAUGCCAUAAUACCAGCGUUUCCACCGUCGUUCCAAAAGAAAACCCAAAGGAGCAAGCAAAAGUUGAGCAGACGACACCCAACAAUCGCUGUGCACCAUCGCACCGCGAGUACAACAACAACGAAAAGCGCGAAAAUGGCGUCAAUCUCAGCCCUAAGUCUCGAGACAAUCUGUACAACUUGUUAAAAGAUAAAGAUACGAGGCUGUUCUUUUCCGAGUCACUAGCGCAGGAGCGCAAACUGAGAGACUCCCCUCCACUAAAUAACGAACGCUAUGUCAAGUCAGUCGGUUUGGGGACCAUCCGUUCCUCAAACCUGAAUUCGAACUUUUUGGCUUUCAGGGUGCCUGAUAGAGUCAACAUUAUGAGCAGAAGUGUAUAUUGUUAACUUGUAACAUAUAUAUGACAAUGCAUUUGCAGUAAAAAUAAUCAGUGUAGUUACGAAAUUUGUAUAUCUCAGGGUUAUAACUGCACUCUAAUACAUCAGACUGACCACCGCUGGGCUGGCAAUGGUUUGACUGUAAUGACGUCAAGUGAACUAGUAUGAGAUGGGUUUAACGUUGUCUCUGUGGGUGCAUCUCUGUGGCGGCACGUUGAUCUACGAUAUUUUGAAGAAGCCUUGUUUAAACGACUGAUUAAUUAGUCACGAUGUUGGAUGAGAGCCAAAUUGCAAGGUCACAGAGAAACCAGAGGGCAUUUGUUUAAGCGAUUUCAUUGUAUUUUGUUUAACACCACAACUAGUUACAUUAAAACAGAUCGAAGUUUAAAUUGUUGUCCCCACUUAAAGGCGGUGUGCCCCGGGACAAUGGGACUUAUGGCCUCAAUAUUUCAUGAAGUCCUUUAACAGUACGGAGUAAUUAUCUAGAGGCCAGAUGUGUCUUUAGCGUGAUUGAACCAGAUUGUUAAAAAGAAGAAAGUUUGGGACAGAAAUAAAUGUUUGUACAAUUGAACAGAAAUGAAGUAGUGUGUUGUCGUAAUCGAUGCUCGUUUUGUAGAUGGCUCUC